AUUCUACAAUCGAUUUGUAUCAUUCUACACACAUUCACAAUUUGUAAAAAUGGCACAACUAAUUAACGACGGUUCAUGGUGGUGGGAAGUGAUUAGCAGCAACAAAGACCAACUUACUCAGCUGGCAGUUGGCACCAUUUCAGCAAUGAUCUUGGCUAUUUUAUGGCACAUAUUGAAAUCUUUGAGCUCCUCAGAUGGUGCACCACCCCUGCCACCAGGUCCCCGUUCCUUGCCAAUUGUAGGUUACCUUCCAAUUCUUGGCGGUGACAUGCAUAAACAAUUCAGUAACUUGGCCCACAUCUACGGGCCCAUUUUUAAGUUUCACUUGGGAAGCAAACUUCAUGUCGUUAUAAACAGCCCCGACAUAGCAAAAGUGGUGGUCCGUGAGCAAGAUGAGAUCUUUGCUAACCGCAAUCCAUCAAUUGCUGCCUUUACAAUGUCUUUUGGAGCCCGAGAUGUUAUAUGGUCCGACAACAAUUCAGAUUGGCGUAACCUUCGUAAGCUAUUUGUCCAUGAGGUCCUAAGCAACAAGAAUCUUGAAGCAUGCAGGUAUUUUCGAAGGGAUGAGGUUAGGAAAACUAUCAAGAAUAUUUAUAGUAAGAUUGGAACCACAAUCAACAUUAGCGAGAUCGCUUUCUUGACCGAGGUUAACGUCCUAACGAGCAUGGUUUGGGAAAACACUUCAGAUGCAUUCGCAAAAGGUAGCCAUUUUGUAGCAGAGUUAAAGAUGAUUGCUUCAAAUGUUGUUGAGCUCAUGGGACAGCCGAAUGUGUCUGACAUCUUCCCUAGUCUAGCAUGGCUUGAUCUACAAGGUGUCUUGCGGAAGACCAAGAAGCUACUUUAUCAGGUGGAUCAAAUUUUCACAAGCAUUAUUGAUGAUCGAAUCGAAUCUAACUCCAGAAAACCUAAGGAUGCAGUUAGGCCUCAAGGAAAAAAAGAUUUUUUACAGAUCUUAUUAGAUCUCAUGGACCACGAAGAUGCAACAUCCAUUAGCAUUACCCAAAUAAAGGGACUUCUCCUGGAUAUUAUGGUUGCAGGAUCAGAAACGACAACAACACUAAUAGAAUGGGCAAUGGCAGAGAUCAUGCGAAAUCGUGACAUAAUGAAAAGGAUUCAAAAAGAAUUAGUAGAUGUUGUGGGACUUGACAAUAUUGUUGAAGAAUCUCAUCUCCUUAAACUACAAUACCUAGAAGCUACCAUUAAGGAAACAUUUCGGUUGCACCCAGUACUACCUCUCAUACUACCACGAUCACCAAGCAAGGAUUGCAUAGUAGCUGGAUUCACCAUUCCAAAAGGUUGUACCGUGUUACUAAAUCUUUGGUCAAUCCAUCAUGAUCCUAAGUAUUGGGACAAUCCAUUAAAUUUCAAUCCAGAGAGGUUCUUGACAAACAAAUAUGAUUUCAAAGGAAGUAAUUUAAACUUCUUCCCAUUUGGGUCGGGGAGAAGAUUGUGUCCAGGCGCUCCACUGGCCGAGAAAAUGCAAAUGUAUAUAUUGGCUUCACUCUUGCACUCUUUUGAUUGGAGCUUGCCCGAAGGUGAAGAACAUGACCUAUCCGAAAAUUUUGGCUUUACACUAAAGAAAAAAGAACCACUCAUUGUUGUCCCAUCACAAAGGUUGCCAAACGUGAGCCUAUAUAUGUAAUGAUUUUGGUCAAAUAUCUAAGUUCGUAGUCGUCUAUGGGAUGGUUUGUUGGCGGUGGUUCCUGGUUGAUUUAGAAAAAAAGUGCAUCUAUAUGUAUGUUUUGUUUUCACUUCCCUUGAUAAUAAAGUAAAGUGUAAGUUCUGUUUUA